GUGAUCUUUGCGCGCGUGUGCCGUGCCCGCUGUAUGGUGUACGCUGUGCGCGUCUGCGCGUGAUCAGUCAGUGUGCGUGCGACCGUGCGACGGCGACGUGUGGUGUGAGGUGCGAGGCGGUGCGAGCGAGCGAGCGAGUGCAAAUCGCGCGGAUCGCCACCAGUGGCGUCGUCCAACAAUACGCACGAAACGGAAUUGAGCGAAGUGUCGUGAAAUUGCAUUCAGGACGUAUGUGCGUGCGUCCGUCUAUCCGUCUGUCCGUUCGUUCGGUCGUUCGUGCAUGUGUGCCCCGUCGUGUGUGGCUAAAAGUGACCAAAUGAAUUUGCGUCCAAGAUCUAAUUCUGAGAAUUCGUCGACAACGACAGACGAGCGCGAGCUCGAAGAGGAGUUAUUUGCCGUCCAGUGUCCAUGUAAAAUCACUCACUAGAACUGCCCUCUCCCUCGCUCCUCCGUAUAGUUGAAGAGAAAGAGAGAAAGAAAGGGAGAGAAAAGGAGAGAGGCAAAAAAGAGACUGUACUGUAAAUGACAUAGUAGUGUGUGUACGUAUAAAGUAAAAUGCAUAAGUUAAGACUACCUGUCAAGGUCGAAUUGCCCAGUGCUUUAACAAGGAUGGUAUUGGAUCCCAAGGCCACCAGUUUACACAACGAUUACGGAAGCUUCGAUCGACCGUUGGGCGCCGGGGAGGGCCACGAGAGGGACGUUGAGGCGGCGGUUGAUGGAAGCAGCAGCGGGAUGGCGCAGUCCAGUGAUGUUUAUCAACGGCAACCACUGUUGCCCGGGGCGCCGUUGUCCAAAAGCAAGGACAAGUGGUCCGGAGUGGCUUCGGGCUCGGACUACUACGAGGAUGAUGAGGAUGAGAAAGGUAUCGAAGGUCUGGGCAGACAUCCCGGGAUCCCGAACGGUUCCGGGAGCGGCAUCGUCAAGAUCGACAUGCCGGCGCCGCUUCGCGAGGAGCCGCGUUUUCCCAAGGAAAAAUGGAAAACGUUUCUUGCAUUUCUCUUUAUGGUCGUAAACUUCAUACUAACGACGGCUUCCCUCGCGAUGGUCCACGAGCGUGUUCCAGAUAGAAACACGUACGGACCGCUUCCCGAUAUAGUGCUGGACAACAUCACUGCUCAGGAUUGGGCGCUUAACGUCUCGGAAGUUCUGAUCAUGAUCAUGUCCAAUUCCGCGAUGAUUUUUAUUAUUUUUCACAAGCAUAGAUUUAUAAUAGCUAGACGAAUAUUUCUGCUGAUGGGUUUUCUCUACAUGAUGAGGAGCAUCACGAUGUACGUAACGGUCGUACCGAUUGCCAGUAAAACUUACUACUGCAGCCCGAAGGCGAAUAACACCAGUCCGCUUCUCGUGACAAAGAGAGUCUUGCAACUCAUCUCUGGUUUUGGCUUGUCCAUUAACGGCAAACACACUUAUUGCGGAGAUUACAUUUAUAGCGGGCACACAGUCGUCCUUGUACUCAGUUACCUGAUUAUUAAGGAAUAUUCUCCGAGGAGAUGUCAACCGAUCCAUUCUGCGGGUCUGGCGGUACUCGUCGGGGUAAUUAUGGUCUUGGUAGCUCAUGGCCAUUAUACCGUGGAUGUACUUAUAGCUUACUAUGUUACUACGCGUCUGUGGUAUAUUUAUCAUACGCUAGCCAACAAUCCAAAUCUCAAGCAAUACGGACCAAACAACUUUUUGGCCCGGCUGUGGUGGUUCCCCAUUUUCAAAUAUUUUGAGAAGAAUGUGGGCGGCACAGUGCCACGACAAUAUGACUGGCCUCUACCCUGGCCUCGACGGUUUCUUGCCAAGCACCCUAAUCGAGAUAGUUAAUAUUUAUCGUGACUUCAUGAUAGAGGCUGUUAAAAACAAAGGAGUUAUUAUACUUGUUAUAUAAUUUACACACUCCCAUGCGCGCGCGCGCGCGCGCGCGCACACACACACACACACACACACACACACACACAAACAUCGUAUGUAUAAAUCUCUAGGCUUAUCGAGGUAAAAGUUCGCUAAAAAAGAAUAUAUAUUGGACGUAUGAUUGUUUUAAGAGCGACUGCACAUUUAUUAUUGAAGUAUAAAUUUUGUGUUGUUCACUUUUUUGUAAUCCAAUCGUGAACUGUCAAACACAAUACCCAUGCUCUUUCACAUACAAGUAUCGUCCAGCCCGAUAGUUUACUUUCCAUUUGGUUUUUAUACAAUUUAUAUACAAUAUAAAAAAAUAGAUAGAAGAAUAGAAAGAAAAGAAUUUUAUGAUAAUGUCAUAAAAAUUCGAAUGGAGAAAGGAAAGUAUUUGAGAGUUAAUAUACAGUGACACAUAUUACUUCGCUUGAGAUAUUUAUAUUUUCAAAUAGCUACAUAACAAAUCGAAAGUAAUACGAUAAAUAAGUAAACAUAGGACAAUGCAUGUUUUUAAAAUCUCAAACGAUACUGUGCAAUAAGGAAUAUUUGUAAUCCGUAACAUUGUAGAUAAACAUUAAGAUGAAAUCUAAAUCCUUCCUCCAGACGAAUUUUUGAGUCAUAUUCUCAAUUUGAGUCGACGUCUUGACUUCCAGUAAUCUAGAUGUCGUCCCUGACUUUGCAUUCGCGAAACGAAUUAUUCCGGUGAAAAACGAUUUUGCAGAUAAAUUUGCCAAAAAUAUAGACUCGCGUGAUGUAUAUACCCUUAUUAAAGUUCCAUCUUGCCUUUAUCCUCGAAAUUGUUUCCUUCAUACUUUGUCAAAGAGAAAUAGCCACUAUCCAGAGACUAGAAGCGAUUGUGCAAUUUCGUGGGACCAAAACAGGAACACUCAAUAGUAAAUGUUAAUUCAUUGACAAAUUAAUGUGUAAGCACAUCGAAUUAUAACGCGCACGACAUGAUCAUACAUAUAUACCGCAACAUUGACAAAAAGUUCUAAUAAUAUUAUCAUUAAUCACAAAUUUAGUAGGUUUCGUUACAUUACCUGAUAUAUGGCCUGUUAUGGAUGAAAUUUGGACUUGUUACCUGCCACAUAUACAAAUUAUCGAUAAUUAUCGAUAAUUAUCGAUUCGUUCUUCGAACGUAUAGCCUGCCACACAUUUGAAAAAAUUUAUUUGUGAAAUUUUAACACAUCUAGAACAAUGAAUUUCUAAAGGAUACAUCUCACUCUUCUAACUUCCAUUAAUUGAUAUACAUGAAAGUAUCCUAUAGAAAAUAAUGAAGGAGAAACAGCAGAACAAAAAGAAGAAAGUACUGAAGCAUAUGCCGCAUUCGUGUUUUCACGGAAUAAGAUCGUUGUACGCUUGUGCAUACACCGGAUGUUGUCAUACAUAUAUACAUAUUGCAGAGGCAAUGUAACAAAUCAUGCAAAAUGUAAAAGGCAAUUUUGCAUUCGUGGAGAGAUCGAAGUAUUAGAAUAGAUCGAUCUUUCGUACGAUUAUCUCUUCCUUCGUUCUUCUCACGUUUCAUUGUUUCCUCACAUCUCUUGCCUUACUCUUUUUUCUUAUUUGAGGAAAAAGAGUGAUAUAAUUUAAUAAUAUUGAUAAAUAUAUCGCGCUUCUUGAAUAGACGAUUAUGAGUCUCAGUUAAUAAUGUACAAAUAAAUGGUGACGAGUCGUGUGACCAUUCAUUUUCCUAGUAUUCAAUGAGAGCUGCGUGUAUGUUGCAUGUGUGUUAUAAAAGUCGAGUAACAUUUAAUUAUCGUUUAAAUUGUGUUAACAUGAUGACAUGUUAGCUCGUCCGUUCGUGAUUCAUUGUUGAAUCUCUAAUAUGAAACGCACUUGCAACGCUUCACCAUUUUUAAUUGAAUCUUUUGUUAUCUGUUUUGUGUAUAUAGUUUAAAUAAAAUAUUUACACAACACUUCGCGAAAAUUUCCAUGCAAAUCUAUAUUUUUAUUACAUAAUUAGAUGAAACAAUUGGAGAUGCGUCAGAUUGUACAGAGCUGAUUUUUAUUAUACUUUUUUUAUAAUAUUCCAAUUACAAUCUGACGCGUUUGAUAAUUGAAUAAUUUAUGCAAAACUGACAAAGAAGAAGAAUGAUAAGGGAAGAGAAAUGCGAUCACAUUGUUAGUAGUGUAAUUAACUCUUUUCUGUCUGUGAUGAUAAUUAAAAAAAA